UCCGGCCCUCACUCGGCUCCUGGCCCCACCCGUGCGUGGUGCCCUCGGGAACCCUCGGCUGGAGGGACUCGCUCUCCCGCCGAGCCCGGUCGGGGCAGAGCCCGGCCUGCAGCUGCGAGGACCGGAGCGGCGGGAGGUGGCGCCUCUGGCCUGGAGCCGGGAUUCGCGGCCAUGACAGUGUCGGCCCGCGCCUUCUGGCUGCUCCGCGGCCGCCUGGGCCGAGUGUCGGCGCUGGGCCGGAGCGCGGUGUCGCUCUUGGCGGCGCCGGGAACGGCCGGGCGCGCGUUGCGGGGCUUUCGGAGCAGCGGCUUGAGGCAUGACGCAAUUAUUAUCUCAGGAACUGAAAUGGCCAAACAAAUCCAGAAAGAAAUACAGCGAGGUGUGGAAUCUUGGAUUUCCCUUGGGAAUGGAAGACCUCACCUCAGUAUCAUUUUAGUGGGUGAUAACCCAGCAAGCCACACAUACGUCAGGAAGAAGGUCAAAGCCGCUGCUGCUGUAGGUAUCUGUAGUGAGAUCAUUCUAAAACCGAAGGAUGUUUCUCAGGAAGAACUUUUGGAUAUAACCGAUCAAUUGAACAUGGACCCAAGAGUCAGUGGUAUAUUAAUUCAGUUGCCACUGCCAGACCAUGUGGAUGAGAGGACAGUAUGUAAUGGAAUUGCCCCGGAAAAAGACGUAGAUGGAUUUCAUAUUAUUAACAUUGGAAGACUAUGCCUGGACCAGCAUUCUCUCAUACCUGCCACUGCUAGUGCUGUUUGGGAAAUUAUCCAACGAACAGGAAUUGAAACAUUUGGAAAAAAUGUGGUUGUGGCUGGAAGAUCCAAGAAUGCAGGGAUGCCCAUCGCCAUGCUUUUGCACACUGAUGGAGAGCACGAACGGCCAGGAGGUGAUGCAACUGUGACAAUAGCUCACAGAUAUACUCCCAAAGAACAACUGAAGAUCCAUACUCUGCUGGCAGAUGUUAUCGUAGUAGCUGCAGGUAUUCCAAAGUUGAUUACAUCUGAUAUGGUUAAAGAAGGUGCUGCUGUAAUUGAUGUGGGUAUCAACUAUGUCCAUGACCCAAUGACCGGAAAGACAAAAUUAGUUGGAGACGUGGACUUUGAAGCUGUUAAGAAGAAGGCUAGCUUUAUCACUCCAGUUCCAGGAGGCGUGGGACCCAUGACAGUGGCAAUGCUUCUCAAGAACACCCUUCUGGCAGCUAAAAAAAUCAUUUACUAGAUCACAUGAAAGAAUAAAGCAAACUGAAGUCAUGCUACGUAUCUAUUUGACAAAAGGCAAAAACCUUUAUAUUUUACUACAAAGCUAUUUCUACAUUGUAUUUAUUUUUUCACAGAUGGAAUCACUGUGGAUCAGAUGAUUCACACAAUCUUAUGCAUUUCCUGCUAAUAAUUACUGAAUAUUUUGAGUGGAUAUUGAGUUUUAGGAAAAAAAAAACAAAACAACUGCAAUGAAAACUUUGGUAACAAUUGUUUAUUUUGUGACUAAUAUUUGUUCAUAAUGUUAAAACUAAUACAGGGCUCAUAAUAAGUGCAUAUAUUUUUGACACAAAUAUCACAAAUAGUGUGUUUUCAACAAACAUUUUGUCAGACAAAUAAGCUCCCUUGUAAAAUGUAAUUUAGGUUUUGCCAUAAUCAUGCCCAAUUUUUAUAUAUUUUACGUACUAUAUCAUAUGAUGAAAAAGAGUUUAUUUGCUAAAGGAAAGAUAAAAUAUUAAAAAUAAACUUUUGAUCUCAUAUACUUCCCAAAUGCAUCCUACGAGGCAUACUAAUGAGAAAUGAUGCUCCAUUCAAGGAAAGAAAAACAUGCAAGGAAGGCAAAAAAUGCAGUGCUACUUGGAAAGGUACUGAUUAUUUCAAGUGGUGAAUUACUAAUUGCCAAGUAAAAAUGCAAUAAGAAUGUGUUAGGUUUACAUGUAAUUUCUUUGUUCUUCUAGAAAAAUAUUUGGACAAUACCUUCCUUGAAGAAUAAUGGAAACUCCAAAACCAAACAAAUAUACAGAACAAAACUAAGGUUGUAUUUUCCCACAAAUAUCAGGAAAAUACAAUAUAGUAUGAAUGAGGACUUCAUUAAAGAAUAGAAGUUAUGUUUGUUCACAAAUCUAGAAAUCUAAUAGAAAAAUAUCACACAACGUGCCCAAGCUAAGCCUUAGGAUAUGACUAAAAAUCUACUGCUUUGUUACUCACAGUUCUUCCCUCUUCUCUUAUAGCAUUUGGUUCUCAAAGUAGAUGCCAUGUUUCUAACACAAUUUAAAUUAGAAAAAACAUGUGACUGUCGGUUGAAGGCUAUUUUGAGACUACCCUGGGCAUAUAAUUGUAUUGCUUUCAGGCCCAAAUCCCAGUCUGUUUAUGUACCAGUAAUGAUUCUUACCCAAUGCAUGUCUUUAUUAGUGUAUACUCUUGAUCAUUUGUGUGAAAAUAGACUAGAUGUUUAUAAUUAAUAUUUCAACUGUAUAAUAAAACCAAUUUGGAAAGGAA